UACUAAAUAAUUUUAAUUACAUUUGAUCUAUAGAGAGAUAGUAGUCGACUCGUCUAAAAUUCAACAAAUUAAGUUUAGCGAUACAGUUCACAAUUCUAUAAAGUAAUUGUCAUUGUGUAAAUUAAAACAAUAAUAUAGCUAAGUGUAGGUUUUUAAAAUUUUCAUUUAAUUUUUUUAAUGUGAAAGAAAAGUCUAAUCGUUUGUAUUAAAAAGCAAAUAAUAAUUGUGUAACGGAAGACGGGACAUCCGAUAAUAAGAUUUGCAGUGAACCCGGUAUCUACCAGAAAGUACUAUUCCCACGUUCAAAUAACGGAUAGAAUAUGAAAAUCGAUGCUCCAGUGAAUGAGUAUAUUUCCUCCAUUCAAAUUUCUUCAGAUUCAGUGCAGAAUCACAUGAUUGACCCAUGUCACACGAGCGAAAAGAAAUUUGUAAAAAAUAAUAAUUUCAAGGUACAUAGAGAUUCAGUACAUCAUGGUCGAAAAUCGUACAAUUGUAAUGUAUGCGAAAAGUCAUUUACAUUUAAAUGUGCUCUGAAAAAGCAUAUUGAUUGCGUGCAUAAUCAUAUUAAAUAUCCGUGUCUCACGUGUGAAAAGACAUUUACACGAAAAAGUACUUUGAAAACCCAUAUUGAUUCAGUACACAAUCGUAGCAAAUAUUCGUGUGAUAUUUGUAAAAAGACAUUAAAAAGUAAAAAGGAUAUCAAGAUGCACAUGGAUUCAGUUCACAAUGGUACGACACAUCACAAUUGUGAUGAAUGCAGCAAGUCAUAUGCACGAAGAAGUGAUUUAAAAAAGCAUACCGAUUCGGUGCAUGAUCUUAUCAAACACCCAUGUAACACUUGUGGGAAGACUUUCUCACGAAAAGGUUAUGUAAAAAUCCAUAUUGAAUCAGUGCAUAACGAUCAGAAACCUCACAAAUGUGUUAAAUGCGACAAGUCAUUUGCACAAAAAAAUGAUAUGAAAAUCCAUAUUGAUUCGGUACAUGAUCGUAUCAAAUACCCAUGCAACACUUGUGGAAAGAUUUUUGCACGAAAAAGUUAUUUAAAAACCCAUAUUGAUUCAGUACACAAUGAUAGGAAACCUCUCAAUUGUGAUACUUGCGGAAAAACAUAUACAUAUAAAAUUGCUUUGAAAUAUCAUAUCGAUUCGGUGCAUAAUCUUAUCAAAUACCCAUGUCAAACUUGCGGAAAGUUAUUUGCACAAAAAGCUCAUCUCAGAAUCCACAUUGCUUCAGUACAUAAUCGUAUUACUUACCCGUGUGACAUUUGUGAUAAGACAUUUUCACAAAAGAGUAAUCUCAAAAUUCAUGUUGGUUCAGUGCAUAAUCGUAUCAAACACCCAUGUCAAAAGUGUGAAAAGAUAUUUACAACUAAAGCUUAUCUUAAAGUUCAUACGGAUUCAAAGCAUAAAGAUUAGAAAUCUUAAAAAUGUAAUUGAUGCGGAAAGUUAUUUUCGCAAAAGUGUAAUCUAAAAAACUAGAUUCAUUAAAAGUAUAAUUAUAUGAUUUACCUGUUGAAAUCUAAAAUUUCACAGCAUAUGUUAAAAUGUAAAUUAUCGAAAAUAAAUUCAUGUUCACACUAUUUAA